UAGAAGAGACAAGCCACUGUUCAUAGGAAGUGGAAGCCAUGGAAACCAACACAGAUUCAAACCACAAUCCUCCCAAAACCAAAAAACAGAUCUUCAUACUCUCCGGUCAAAGCAACAUGGCCGGUCGUGGCGGUGUUAUCAAGAACCAUCACCGCCACCAGCACUGGGACGGCGUCGUUCCACCGGAAUGCUGCCCUAACCCUUCCAUCCUCCGCCUCAGCGCCUCCCUCCAGUGGGAACCAGCACAUGAGCCCCUCCACGCCGACAUUGACACCAAGAAAGUUUGCGGCGUGGGUCCCGGCAUGUCCUUUGCCAACGCGGUGCGGCAGCGCGUGGUUGGCGAGUUGGGGCUAGUCCCAUGCGCCGUGGGCGGCACCGCCAUAAAGGAAUGGGCGCGUGGAGAGGAAUUGUAUGAAAACAUGGUGAAGAGAGCCAAAGACAGCGUGAAGGGCGACAACAAUAGCGAGAUCAAAGCGUUGCUAUGGUAUCAAGGAGAGAGUGACACGUCGAGUGAGCAUGACGCAGAGGUUUACAGGGUCAACAUGGAGAACCUCAUCCACAAUGUUCGUCAAGACCUCAAUUUGCCAUCUCUUCCAAUAAUUCAGGUUGCAAUAACCUCAGGGUCUGAGUACAUAGAGAAAGUGAGAGAAGCACAAAAAGGGAUUGAUCUUGCAAAGGUGAUUUGCGUGGACGCAAAGGGAUUGCAAUUGAAGGAAGAUAAUCUUCACCUAACCACGGAGGCUCAAGUUCAAUUGGGUCACAUGCUGGCUGAGGCCUAUCUUACCCAUUUCGAUGUAUGAACUAUUUAGGAAUGGUCCCCAAUUUCAAUCCACUUUUUCAAGUUUGAAUUCUGAUCUUAUUUUCUCUUUUUUUUUUUGGUAAAGAAGUGGGGCAAAGCCCCACAGGAUCUUAUUUUCUCUUUGUGAUUGUACUGCAUGCCAUAUAUGAGCUUGUUUGGACUUUUUAUCGAAACUCUGGUGUGCACAACGGCAUUUGCUGCUGUUGAAUAACCUGAAAUCGAAUGAA